AUGGACAGACCCACAGAAGCUCCCCACAGUGGAGGUAGCCCCUGGAAGGGGCUCCUGAUCACAGCCUCCAUCCUCAGCUGCUGGAUCCAGCCAAUGUCUGCUCAAGGUGCUCCUGUCACUGUGGUGCCAAGUCCUCCCUAUGGGACAGUGGGCAUCAGUGUCACCUUCAACAUCCAGAGCUUCUCAGAGCAGGCUCUUGUCUAUGUUUGGUACAGACGGACAACAGACAACUCCACCAGGAUUGCUAGCUACCAUGUCUCUUCUGGAGUGCAGAGACCAGCAGAUAUCCGGGAGAAGGUCUUCUCCAAUGGCUCCCUGCUCAUCCCCAACCUUACCCUCAGUGACACUGACCUCUACAUUGUAACCAUUGUUGAUUCUACAGGCCUGAUAGCUGCAAAUGCUAGAGGACAAUUAUGGGUAUAUGAAAAACCAGCCAAACCUAACAUCACUGCCAGCAGUACCGACAUCAUAGAGAAUGGCACUGUGGUCUUCACAUGUAGCCCAGAAAAUGAGGGGAUGAACAUUUUGUGGUUCCACAAUUACCAGCGCCUGUCACCCAAUGAGAGGAGACAUAUGUCUGAGAAUAAGCAGACCCUCACCAUCAAAAGUGUGAAGAGAGAGGAUGCUGGCUCCUAUCAGUGUGAAGUCUGCAAUCUAGCUGGUGCCACCAGAAGUGACUCCCUCACCCUGACUGUGAAUUAUGGACCUGACCACAUUGUGAUUCUUCCAAGCCCUGAGAGUGGGGAGAUUGAGGUCAGAUUCAAAGACCCACUCAUCUUAGUGUGCCACAUUGAGUCUUACCCACAUGCCCUGUAUGGAUGGCAAGUCAAUGGCACCAUGAACUCUGACUCCUUUGGUAACACCUACAUCAUUAAAACUGUGUCUUGGAAAGACUCUGGAACAUACACCUGUUUGGCAAAGAAUGAUGUGACCAAGUUAUCAAUCUCUAAAGACAUCACAAUCAAGGUGGUUGGGACAGUGGGAGGGAUCUGUGCAGGGGAGGGGCACCCUGAGAGAGCCAGGAAACCACAGCAGCAGUUGCAAGGAGAAGAAAGAGAAGGAAAAGGGGAGGGAGGAGAAAGUCAGAGGAGGCAGAACAGACACAGCUCUAGGCUGCAGGCAGGGACAGCCUUGGUCUGGAGCCCAGCAGGGACACUUCCAAGGGCUGCUCUUGGGCAAGGCAAGACACAUCUCAAGAAGGGAAGGCAGAGAUUCCUGGCAAGGACAGAGGUGGUCACACACAGUGGGCAGCACAGACUGAUGGACAGCCCCUGGAAGAGGCUCCUGAUCACAGCCUCCAUCCUCAGCUGCUGGAUCCAGGCAUCGUCUGAUCAAGGUGAUCCUGUCACUGUUGUGGCAAGUCCUCCCAAUGGGACAGUGGGCGGCAGAGUUAUCUUGCACAUCUGGGGGUUCUCAGGGGAGGCUGUCAACUAUAAUUGGUACAGAAAGACAACAGAGAACUCCAACAGGAUCACUACCUACACUGUCUCUUCUGGAGAGCAGAGACCAGCAGAUAUCAGGGAGAAGGUGUUCUCCAAUGGCUCCCUGCUCAUCCCUGACCUCACCCUCAGUGACACUGGCUUCUACAUUGUAGCUAUUGUUUCCAACAGUGGCACGGUAUUAGCAGGAGGAGAACAAUUCACAGUGUAUGGUAAGUGCUCCAAACCUAACAUCACUGCCAGCAGUACCAACAUCAUAGAGAAUGGCACUGUGGUGUUUACAUGUAGCCCAGAAAAUGAGGGGAUGAACAUUCUGUUCUUCAAUAACCAGCCCCUGUCACUCAAUGAGAGGAGACAUUUGUCUAAGAAUAACCAGACCCUCACCAUCAAGAGUGUGAAGAGGGAGGAUGCUGGGUCCUAUCAAUGUGAAAUCUGGAAGCUAAUCUGUGCCCAUACGAGUGACUCCCUCACCCUGACUGUGAACUAUGGACCAGACCACAUUGUGAUUCUUCCAAGCCCUGAGAGUAGGGAGAUUGAGAUCAGAUUCAAAUAUCUACUGAUCUUAGCAUGUCAUGUUGAGUCUUACCCACCUGCCCUGUAUGAAUGGCAAGGCAAUAGCACCAUGAACUCUGACUUCCUUGGUAACACCUAUGUCAUUAAAAGUGUAUCUUGGGAAGAUUCUGGAAAGUAUGCCUGAUUGGCAAAGAACGAUGUGACCAACUUAACAAUUUCUAAGGAUGUCACAAUCAGGGUGGUCGACACAUCUCCAGGAAAAGGUUAUGGCUCCUCACUCUCUGGAGGGGCCAUUGCUGUCAUUGUGAUUGGAGUCCUAGUUGGACAGGCUCUCAUCCAGACCCUCCUCUAUUUCCUGCUCUUCAGGAAGACUGGAAGGGCCAGCAAACACCACCUUUCAGAGAAGAACCAUUCAGCACACAAACGUGGUGAGGAUGCCACCAUGAAUGAAAAUAGUGUUUGUCCCAAAGGCUCAGCUCUGCCUGCACAGGGCCUGGGCUCCUCCCCUGCUUUUCCUGAACUCCCAUCUGAGAGCCCUUAUCAGGCACUGAAUAUCAUCACAGCAGAUGUUUAUGACAAGAUUGAGCCCUUGAAGAACCCUCAAGCCUAAGGAAGAGAAGAAAGUCCCUAGGGAUGUUGGGACAGCCUUUCUAUUCCCCUUUGUAAAGGAGGUUUCAGAGGCAUCUCUCAGGGGAGAAAGUUGAGACAUCUGGAUCAAUGUAAAAAUGCAGCUGGGGGAGAAAUAAAAAGGCUGGAUUUGGGAAGAGGGAAUACUUCCAGGGCCCCAGGGACACCCAGAUCUCUUAGAGAAAGUUAAGAGGAAUGAAAGUAGCUAGAGCUCAGUGUGCCUGAGCUGCUUAGAAGCCAAGGCACCCUGUGGAAUGUUUAGGUACAUAAUCUGUUUCUCCCCAAGUGCUUCAAUGUGUUGAAUCUUCCAUAUUUUUCUGUCUUUCUUAUCCAAGUUUAAGGGCCAAAGUUUGAUAUAUAGAACAUUCAUUGGGUGACUCGCCUAAAUAUUGGGGUCCUGGAAAUAUGAGGCAACUUUAAGUUCACCCUCCCCUAGAUAUUUCUCCCAGGCCAAUAAGAAAGGAGCCUUACAGCUAUAAUUCACAGAAGGAUCAGAUUUUAUUACUUGGGAAUUAAUUAAACAACAAAGAUGAAACUAAUAAAAACCAAAGUCAAGGA